GCACAUCGAACAGAACUAAAUAAUACAAGGCGAAAAAGUAUAUGGACGGUAGAAAUAUAUUAAAAAUAAAAGGUUUAGCUGUAUCUACAUUAAAUUGUCGAGAUUACUGGGAAAAUAAAUUGGACUAAGGAUUCGUAACCAAUUAUGCAGAAGAACAAAAGAACGCGUACAUCAGAGGAAAGUGCUUCCAUUGUUUAUGGAGUGCUCGAUGGCGGCCAAAAUAGAAGUACCAAUUGUCAGAAAGGAAACAACAGAAAUGUUCUUCCAAGGGGGGCAAAAGGAAUAGCACAGCGACGCAACCGACAUCCGCUGCUUUCUGAAGAUGGUGCUUCCAGCGGGCAACGGAUCUAUAAUAACACAAAAUUGUGUGUUAUAUGCGGGAGCAGUGAAGAAAUUGUUGAUUUAUCGACGAAUCCAAUAAUGAGGAAAACGAUGGCAUCCUAUUGUGGGAAUGAUAAUUUGGUGAGUAAAGUAGUUGAAGUUUGCAAAAUUAAAAUAAAGGCCACUGCGUUUAUACUAUUAACUCGCCAGCCACCGUGGUCCGCGGCUUCGCCACGGACGAUCCAAUAUAAAAAAAAGUUCAAGCCCCAAGAUUUAUUCAUACAUGUAUGUAAAAAAUAAAAUUUGGGUUAACUUCGCUAUAAUGCAAGAAAAAGCUCGCAAUUAAAUGAAAAUGGUAAAGCGUACCGUUGAAACGGUACCAUCGUAUGAACAAAAGGUAAAUAAAAGAAUUUAAUAACAUAACUUUUCGAAAGUAAAUG